CUCUGCUGGAUCAAGCACCCCCACUACAGUCACAGAUCUUUUCAACUCAUUCUAUGAGGAAGACGAAGAAAGCAACAUGGUGCAGGAACAGGAUGUUCAGUUCGUCUCCCAGUCCACACUUCCACGGGAACCAUGCCUUGACCAGCCACCCACUGUCUCAACAAAGAGACUGCAGGAGUCCUGUAGUCAUGCUGGAAGGAGCAAGAAAUCUAGAACUGGCAAUCAGAUUGACCAGUCAAUACAGCGAUCCUUAGAAGCAUGCUCUUCAAAGUUGGAGACUUUGCAAGCAGAAAAGGAUGAUGUACAUCAUUUCUGCCAGUUUCUGGCUACACGUCUACGUGAACUAGGAAAGACACAGAGAAGAGAGGCCUUUCACAAACUGGGAGAUGCAUUGUAUGAACUGGAGGCCACCAGUGCAGACUGCUGAGCUCUCAUUCGUGGACAGUUCUCUCUGUCUGUCGCAAUGUUGCUUUGUCAGCUAAUGUAUAUUUAUGUAGUGUAAACAGAUGAAACGAAUGAACUGCAUGUACU